UAACCGUUUAUUUGCGCAAGUAGGCUUCGAACAAAGGUCGUGUUCAUAAAUGCCCCGUGAAUGCAAAACAUGGGCUAUAUUUAGCGCACGUAUACGGACAUGAGUAAAUGAGGUAUAUAUUGAUGUAUACCGAAGUAUAAUUAAACUUUUUAUGAGAGAAAAAGUUAAUCCGAACUGGACACUGGAGAAUCAUCAUCAUGGGUUGUGGGGCAUCUAAUGCUUCUAGCUACCAAUAUGAUGUCGGACAAACAUGGAGUGAAGUUAAAAAAACAGUGAAGAAAAGACCCCGAAAAAAACUGGUGAUAAAAAGAUCUGGCUGGAAAACAAUUCGUAUAUUUGUAUCAUCAACAUUCCGCGACUUUCAAGCUGAAAGAGAGAUACUUGUUAAAGAGGUAUUUCCAGAUUUACGAGUUUGGUGUGAAAAAAGAAGACUCUAUUUAGUUGACUGUGAUUUAAGAUGGGGUGUACCAAAAGAUACUACCACAGAGGAAACAUUGCGGACGUGCCUAGGUGAAAUUGACCGAUGCUAUGCAGAUAAUGUCAUGCCCUUUUUUCUUAAUUUAACCAGUGAAAGAUGUGGUUGGGUUCCCAAUAGAUCUGAGGUACCCCAGAGUGUUAUAGAUGAAUAUCGUUGGGUUAUGGGUUUAUCUGUCACUGAAAUGGAGAUAAUACAUGGAGCAUAUAGAGUUGACAAUCCAAAUUCAUUAUUCUUGAUACGAGAUGCAUCAUUCUUGGACACUGUGCCAGAUGAACAGCGGCCGAUAUUUGUUGAUGCCAAUCCCAUAGCACCAGUUAAACUUAAGAUGUUAAAAGAUGUAUUACUUAAUAAAUUUCAUAAAAAUCAAGUGCAUCACUAUCACUGUGAGUUUGAUGGAAUAAACCCAGAUGAUGACAGAGUACAUUUAAAAGGACUUGGUAAUGGUUUUAAACAGAAGGUGUAUGACUUUUUUAAGCAACGUAUAGAAGAACAGUACCCACUGGAGAAUAUUACAUUGGAUCCAUAUCAACUAGCCAGAGAAGCACACGAGUCAUUCAUGAAGAGUCGUACUGCAAUUGUAUUAGGAAGAAAUGAAAUACUUCAACAGAUCGAGGACUACAUAACUGGUGUUGGAAUUGAUAAGCCGUUAAUAAUCCUGGGAGGACCCGGGAUGGGGAAAUCAUCUAUAACAGCCAAGGUAGCUGAUGAAGCAGAGGCAAGAGCACUCAAAAAACAGAUUCCAGGUGGUGGUGACAGUGGUUGGUGUGUAUUUUAUCAUUUUGUUGGUGCCGUACCAGGCUCUACUGAUCCAGAAAGAGCUCUAAAAAGGUUACUGAAAGAACUAGGUGUUGUCAAUGAGGCUACAAUGCCAUCAGAUAUGGAGUCCACCUGUCAGAUGGUAUGUGGUGUGCUGUCAAACCCUAAUACAAAACCAACCAUUUUGAUCAUAGAUGCCUUGAAUCAGUUUGAUGAUGACAAGAUGUCUUCUAUUCUGAGUUGGUUACCAAGGCGACUGGCUCCACAGAUAAGGAUUAUUAUGUCCAUGAUUGAUGAAACACCCCCUCAUAAAAGACUACACGAAAGGACUAAUCCUCCAGAAGAAGUUUAUGUUACACCGCUAGAUAUGCAAUCAAGAGUGGAAAUAGUCACAGAGAUCCUAGGCAGUUAUAACAAGAGACUGGAUAAGGAACAGAUGAAUAAUCUGUUAGCUAAGGAGUCUUCUCAAAAUCCUCUGUGGUUAGCCAUAGCAUGUGAAGAACUGAGAGUGUAUGGUGUAUUCCAUCGAAUGAAUGAAAAGAUUGACAGUCUGGCUGAUGGAUUACUUGAUUUACUAGCUCAGGUUCUUAAACGCUUUGAAGAAGAAAAUGGAGGAUAUUUAUUGGUCGCCACAUUAUGCCUUUUAGAAGCAUCAGCCACUGGUCUUCUUGAAACAGAGUUGUUGGAUAUCCUUGGGGAUGAAGAUAAUUUAAUGCCGCCUGAGCCAUCAGAGGAGAAGGGUGUAUCUGGAGAUGCUAAAGACAAGGAAGAGAAAACCUUUCCUCUUGCUCCAUUCAAAUGGGCAGCUGUGUAUAGAGCACUGAAACCACUUCUGAGACCGUUUGGUGAUAGUGGGGAGGGUCGCUUGGACUUCUAUCAUCGUUCUCUUAGUAAGGCAGUAAGACAUAUGUAUUUUUUAAAUGAUGAUGGUAAUGAGGAUGAUGAUGAUAGUAGAGAUAUAUCUACUUGA